AUGCCUCCCUCCAGCAGUUCAAAGGACUCUCAACGUCCAACACUCCCUCCAAUUCGUGAUUUAUUCCGAGAUGAGCUCGGACAGGCCUCGAUAGAAUCACCUCAGGUUACAUUGGCUCGCCUUCGUGUCAGUGACGACGAAGACCGAUUUGGGAGAGAAUCCCCCAGACCUGGCAGCGAACCUUCUUCUUCCAGGGCAUACCAUUAUCACCCUCCUCACCGGAGCCUAUCGGGACCCAAUCCCUCCACACGACACAGUCAUGGCGGAUAUUCACACCCACCAUCCAGUUCACUUUACGAACAUCCUUCGCUGCAACGCUCCUAUUCACACCAUCAACUAGUAGGGGACGCUCAACAGAGGCCCUACCACCACCCCGAUCAGCAUACUUCAAGCUCGCAAGCCAGACAUCACCAUCACCGUGGAUCAGUGGGCUCUUCGGACUACCACCACGGUUCUCAACCUCGGGGCGUUGUUACGCAUGACCCGCGUUUCACCUUAUCUCCGGCAUACCCUCCCCCGAUGUCCUCAAGCCAGCGCAUGCAAUCUAUGGGUGAUCCCCGGGGGUAUCCAUGGCCCAUUUCUACUAGAGUAGAUAGGCCGCAUUUGUCGGAAGACGACGACCGAACCCCAACAGCGCGCUAUCCCACUCAGUCGCUCCACCCGUACAGGUAUCCGCCUCAUGACGAACCUCGGCCGAGCAACCCAGUGCCGACCUCGAAAUACGAAUGCCACUAUUGCGGAAAGGGAUUCAAUAGGCCUAGCAGUCUCAAAAUUCAUCUCAAUAGCCACACCGGUGAAAAACCUUUCGCCUGUCCCGUAGAAGGCUGUGGCCGCAGCUUCAGCGUUCUCAGCAACAUGCGGCGGCAUGCUCGGGUGCAUACAACCAACGCCGGCAAGGAAAAGGAGGCCUCUAGCGAUGAGGGUGCUCUUUCUUCGACUUCCCAUUCAAAUUCUGAAACAGGGUUCUCGGGACCGUCUAACGAUCCAAAAUGGCUUCAACGAAGAGGCAGCAUUGCGUCCUCGACUUCGAGCUCUUCCCGCCGCAGUCGAAGUGCUUCAAGUGAUGACGAGGACGACGAGGAUGACCAUCGACCUGCGGAAAAGCGAAGUCGGCGCGUAACUUGA